UUGUCAAUAUAAUAAAUAAUCUUUGCCUUAGGUCAUGCGUAUGAGAGAUCGUCAUCAAAUGAUCCGCCUAGUUCCUUUUGAAAUUCUAAACGUGAUUGGCUGCGCUCUGUGAGGCUCGAUUUCACUGACGCGGUUCGUUUGGAACAAUAAAUAGAGCGAACAAGGCUUCUUCACCUCCACAAUUCUGGGAAGACAGAUGAAGAAGUUCUUGCUUCAACAGUGAUUGAACGGAACUCUUCUGCCUUCGUCCCGCACUAUAUACCAUUCUGGAUUGAUAACGUAACACUUGCUUGAACUCUAAUAGCAACAUAGUCUAAGAAACUCUAUUUUUGUACCGUUCAUUUUUAUAUAAAAGAAGAAAAUCUGCCAAAAUGGAGUCUCAGGUCCGUCAGAACUAUCACCGCGACAGCGAAGCUGCUAUCAACCGGAUGAUCAACAUGGAGAUGUUUGCCUCUUACACUUACACUUCAAUGGUAAGGAGACUACAAUAGUCUACCAAGAGGACCAUUUUGUUGAUCUACCUGUGUAUUAUUAUGCCUGGGCCUAAAUGCCAUUAUUUUUUUUGUAUUCUACCCCCUCUUUCUCCCCAAUUUCGUGACUUUUCUGUAGGCCUAGGCAAUUAAUAGCCAAGAACCUCAACUCCGUGAAGUACAUCUUUGAGUUUUACUUGGCUAGGCUAUUAAGAGCCUUCAGGCGUUCAAAUGACGCUGGGACUCUAUCCUACCUAGGACAGAGGGCGUAACAUCUCCUUGACCGGUUAAUUGGCUGGUUACAAAGUAGACUAAGGACUAGACUAGACUGAUUCAUGCCUUUGUCAUCAAGCUUAGUUGCCACAACAAGAACAGAAUGCUGAGUCAUGUUUAGUAUGUUUUUCUUGUUUUUUUUAACCACACUGUUUUAUGUUUAUCCACCCAGGCUUUCUAUUUCUCCCGUGACGAUGUGGCUCUGCCUGGCUUCGCGCAUUUCUUCAAGGAGAAUAGUGACGAGGAGCGCGAGCACGCCGACAAGCUGCUUUCCUUCCAGAACAAAAGAGGUGGACGCAUUUUCCUCCAGGACAUCAAGGUGGGGCCCCUGAGCGUCGAAAACACACAUUUACAUAGACGAGGGUUUUCAGUUGAAAAGGUUAUACAGGGACCCAAAUGGUUCCUCUAUAGCAGGGGUGUCAAACUCAUUUUAGCUCAGGGGCCACAUGGAGGAAAAUCUAUUCCCAAGUGGGCCGGACCGGAAAAAUCAUGGUGUGUAUAUAUAUAUAUCUUUAAAAAAACAACUUCAGAUUGUUUUCUUUGUUUUAAUACGAUCAACAUACAACAUAAAGCUGGAGCCUGAGGACAGUGUGUCCAAAAUAGUACAAGCACAACAUCACUAUUAAUCAUAAAACACGUCAAGUUUAUUUGAAAAUUCUAAAGAAAAAGAACACACAAACACACAAUGCCUCAGUGAUUAACAGAACUGUUUCACAGAUCACAGAACUAUAUCAGGGUGUCAUUUCUCAGGCAGAAAUGUAGAUAAAAAUAAUGAAAUCCUGUUCCCCAAACAAGUGCAAGAACCACAGAGUCAAGAAUAGGUUAAAUAUACAAAUAAAAUCAAUUAAAAACAAUAGCACAUCAACAUAAAAACAUAUAAACAUAAAUCUGAAAGCGUUGCUCAAACUCCCGUAACAGUCCCGUUAUUUUAUCUUUGAACCGCUUCAUGUCUGCCACAUGUUGGGUCGCGCACACAUUUUUCAGACAGGGGAAGUGAGCUGCAUCACCACCGGCAAGUUGCGUCUCCCACAAUGACAGCUUCAACUUGAAAGAACGUAUGCUGUCAUAAUACUGCGUGACAACUUUGUUGCGCCCUUGCAGCUGUUUGUUCAAGUUAUUCAGGUGCUCUGUAACAUCCACCAUAAAUGCAAGGUCCUGCAUCCAUUCUGCGGAAUGAAAUUCUAACACUGGUUUGCCCUUUUCUUCCAUGAACUGUUCAAUUUCUUCUCGUAAAUCAAAGAAACGCCUCAGCACAGCACCUCGGCUUAACCAUCUUACCUCAGUGUGGUAUGGCAGGCCAUAGAUGUGGUCUUUCUCUCUGAGAAGGCUGUCAAACUGACGGUGAUUCUGGAUCGGAUGAAAUUAACAGUUUGGAUGACCACCUUCAUGACGUUAUCCAUCUUUAAUGACUUGCAACACAAAGCCUCCUGGUGCAAAAUACAGUGAAAAGUCAAAAAAUCACGUCCUCCAUUUGCAGAUUGCACUUUCUCUCUGAACUUUGUCACAACGCCUGCUUUUUUCCCGAUCAUUGAGGGCGCACCAUCUGUAGCCAGGCUGACAGCGCGGGACCAGUCCACUCCGACCCUGUCCAGCGCGCCGACGAGUGCGGUAAAAAUAUCAGCUGCUGUCGUUGUAUCUGUCAUCGGCACCAACUCCACGAACUCCUCGGUGACGGUCAAUGUGUCAUCAACUCCGCGGAUGAAAAUGGCCAGUUGUGCAACAUCUGUAAUGUCCGUGCUUUCAUCAAUUGCAACUGAAAACGCAAUAAAUGACUUUACUUUUUGCUUCAACUGGCUGUCCAAAUCCACUGAAAGAUCGGAAAUCCUGUCUGCAACUGUGUUUCUUGUCAGGCUGAUAUUUGCAAAAGCCUGCCGCUUUUCAGGGCACACAAUCUCCGCUGCCUUCAUCAUGCAUGUUUUUACAAAUUCACCCUCACUAAAUGGUUUUGAAGCCACUGCGAUUUCAUUAGCAAUGAGGUAGCUAGCUUUCACUGAUGUCUCGGCUGUGAGUAAACACAGACUGCUGUUUCUUCAGACCUGCCAACAGUUCAUUCACCUUCUCUCAUCUCCGCUGUCCUUGAAAGUUUUCAUAUUUGUCGGCAUGAAGACUCCCAUAGUGGCGACGAAGGUUAUAUUCUUUUAGCACUGCAACAUGCUCUGAACACACCAAACAUACAGCUUUCCCAUUCAAUUCCGGGAAUAAAUAGGAUUACCAUUUUUCUUGGAACACUCUGCACUCUGCGUCCACUUUUCUCUUUUUUGACAGAGACAUAUUGGGGCAAUGAGGGUGCCAAAGCGCAUAAUGUUAAAAGUAGAAGCCGUAAUAAAUAUCGCGGGCAAAACAAAGUAGCUCAUUGGCUGCACGUGCUUGACCUACUUGCUCUGCCCCGGUAUAAACAGUUUGCUUGCUUAACACAAUUGCGCCAUCCAGUGGAUGCAAUUGGAACAGCAGUAUAUUUUAUUGAAAAAUUGCAGCGCAUUUUUAUACUUUACAAAAUUAUUAAAACGUUUUAUUUUUAUUUUUUAAUCAUCUCGUGGGCCGGAUUAAACCCGUUUGCGGGCCUGAUCCGGCCCGCGGGCCGGACGUUUGACACCCCUGCUCUAUAGGGACAAGCCGAAUAACCCUUUAUGAUUCUAGAUGGAACCUUUUUUCUAAACUGUAGACUUCAAGUAUGGGAGUUGUUUUGAAUGAGUAGUCAUUAAUGCUGAGUUAGUUCAUUGAAAGGUACGCCCUAUGUGACUGACCUGGUAUUAGAGCAAGGUGGCCAAAGGAGAUGUCCUGACUGCGUAGGCCUAUGAGUACAGGGAUUUUUCUGCCAUUGAAAUCAUUGGGUGGGCUGCCUAGUCCAAACAGUAGGGGGAAAAAAUAUGGAUUGUAUUUUAAGAUGUAUAUUUCUAGAAUGGAAAAACGCUUUUAGUAUAAACUAAAACCCGAUAUACAUUUUCUCUCUGCUGCAUGGCAAAAUGUGUAGAAUUGCAGGACAUUGGCUUUAAAACUGCAAAGAUUUCUCUACUCCAUGGAGGAAAUUGCCUUAAGUGUCUCUACAGUGCCAAGUUGAUCUAGAGAACCUGGAGUAGUCCUGAACACACUGCCUCUAUAACCACUGAACUGAAAAAGCGUGAGGGGUGUAACUCAACUCACACUAUCCAAACGUUAAUAAAUUGAUAUGCAAUUUAGCAGACGCUUUUUUCCAAAUCGAUUUAGCCAUGUGUGCAUAUAAUUUACAUAUAGGUUGCCCCAGCAGGAAGUGAACCAUGACCUUUGGCAUUGCAAGCGCCAUGCUCUACCGACUGAGCCACACAGGACCUAUGAUAUGUGCUUCAUAAACUAAAGCAUAUGUGGUUGUUUGUAGUGACUGUUAAAUUGACCCCAUCUUGACUUUUUGCUGAAUUGUUUCCAGUUUGUUUUAUCAACCUAUGUGCCAGAUAUACUGGCUAACUGUGGUGACUGUUAGUAGGUAUGCAUAGGAACGUCUGCUAAUAGUCUCUAACCCUCCUGUGUUCCCUCUGUCCUGUGUAGAAGCCAGAUCGUGACGAGUGGGGCAAUGGGCUGGAGGCCAUGCAGUGUGCUCUGCAGCUGGAGAAGAACGUCAACCAGGCCCUGCUGGACCUGCACAAGAUUGCCUCUGACAAGGUCGACCCCCAUGUAAGUAAUGUCCCCCUUGUUAAUGUGGAACUAUACGUCACAUGUAUACAUCACAUAGAAUACAGCCACUGUACUGUCCCAGGAGCUGAUCAGGUUGUUGUAGCUCUGCUCACCAAUGAAGCCUGCCUCUUCACACAAACACAAUAGCCCACAGAUGUACAAGAAUGCACACUAUACAAAAAGAUGCAGCCAAUGCAUAAUUUGGACCGCUCCAAACACCUCAUUGAGUUAGUUAUCUAACCGUAUGUCAUUACCACCAGGCUCUUGUGUGUAACUGCAUCUACAAUAGUGUCUGUAGUUAUUCUCUUGUCUCACCUAUGUUUUCCUUCUUUAGCUGUGUGACUUCCUGGAGUCCCACUACCUGAAUGAGCAGGUGGAGGCCAUUAAGAAGCUGGGCGACCACGUCACCAACCUCACCAAGAUGGAUGCUGUCAACAACAAGAUGGCCGAGUACCUGUUUGACAAGCACACCCUGGGAGGCCAGAGCUAAACCAUGUCCAGGCUACAGCCUCCAGCCUCAGACCAGGACUGGACUCCUGGCUUUUCUGCUCUAUUCUGCUGGUUUUGCAUCUGUAAGGAGGGGAGAGUUUUGAACUGGUACAGCGCAAUGCACAACUGCUGUAAUGUUGACAAGUUUGUAAAAAGAUCACAAGUUGUUGUUUCUAAAUGUUGCCAGCUGUAGUAAUGGAUGUUCGUCUAUUCAGGUGCUUUGAGCUGUCUUACUGAAUUUCAAUACCUAAAACAAGGGUCCUCUUCACUAGGUGUAACUGGUCAUUUUCAAUCUGCACAGAAUCUGAAUAAUAAAACCUUUUUUGAGCUGGAUUCACUGUUUGUUACUAUAUGGGACUAUAUAUCAAUCACAUGGGACCAACACUACAUGUUGAAUUUAUAUAUUUUUGUUCAGUGUACAUGAGCCCAAAGCCCACCAUCUUUCAUUUCUCUGUAGAAAUGAUAAAUACUGACAAUUGUAGGCCUACUAUGGUGACUGAGGGUCAUAAUAGGAAAAGGUUGACAUGAGGUUUAUAAGGGCUUUUACCAUAUCUUGUAAUAGUGCCAUGUCUAUUCAGGUCCCAUAAAACAACUAAACUCUAGGCCUGUAACAGUGAAAUGGGUAACUACAGUCGAUUUAGCCUGAGCAUUUUAAAAGUAUCUCAUUAGAUGGCCUAGAGGUCAUUCAAACCUGUGUAAAUCUACUAGCAAGCGGUUAUUACGCACAGGUUGUCCCAGGGUUACCGGUUGAUGGGGACAAUAUUUGUGUUCUGAAUAUAUUUCUUAACUGACAUGCUACUGCUUAUUUUAAUUAAUACUUGAGUAGUCUACUCUUCACGUUAUAUUCCAUAUUCUGAGCCAUAUGCCUAUCCAAGUCUUGAUGCAUUAGGAGCUUAGGGACUGUGUUAUUUGAGGGAUACCUGGAGAAAAAUGGAUGGCCCUCACUUAAGCAAAAUAUAUUUUUACUCAACCCUCCCUGAAUGCUUGAAAAAACAAGUGACCCUAUAUCCAAAAUAAUAAAAACAAAGUGGAUAGCAGAGAACAUGCCUACCCUCACUCCUAGGACAGACCAGAGCCUUUAGAUAUGCAGUUUUAGAAACUGUUCUUUGCCAUGUAGGCUAAUGCUUACAAAACAAAGUAGCCAGAAGGUUCUCGAUUCACAUUCCACUGCUGACAAGGGUAGGGGUGAAAAGAUCUCCAUUAUAAUAAAAGCACUGCAUUAAUCUAUCUUAUUUACGGUCCAGGAAAAGAAAUCGCUAUUUCAUGCCAUUCUACAUUUUUACACUUUUGUCAUUUAGCAGACGCUCUCAUCCAGAGCGACUUACAGUUAGUGAGUGCAUACAUUUUUUUUUUCAUACUGGCCCCCCAUGGGAAUCAAGCCCACAACCCUGGCGUUGCAAGCGCCAUGCUCUACCAACUGAGCUACACGGGGCCAAUAUUCUACAAUAUUCGACACCUUUUGCAGCAAUUACAGCUGCAAGUCUCUUGGGGUAUGUCUCUAUAAGCUUGGCACAUCUAGCCACUGGGAUUCUUGCCCAUUCUUCAAGGCAAAACUGCUCCAGCUCCUUCAAGUUGGAUGGGUUCUGCUGGUGUACAGCAAUCUUUAAGUCUUACCACAGAUUCUCAAUUCGAUUGAGGUCUGGGCUUUGACUAGGCCAUUCCAAGACAUUUAAAUGUUUCCCCUUAAACCACUCAAGUGUUGCUUUAGCAGUAUGCUUAGGGUUAUUGUCCUGGAAGGUGAACCUCAGUCUCAAAUCUCUGGAAGACUGAAACAGGUUUCCCUCAAGAAUUUCCCUGUAUUUAGCGCCAUCCAUCAUUCCUUCAAUUCUGACCAGUUUCCCAGUCCCUGCCGAUGAAAAACAUCCCCAAGCAUGAUGCUGCCACCACCAUGCUUCACUGUGGGGAUGGUGUUCUCGGGGUAAUGAGGUGUUGGGUUUGCACCAGACAUAGCGUUUUCCUUGAUGGCCAGAAAGCUCAAUUUUAGUCUCAUCUGACCAGAGUACCUUCUUCCAUAUGUUUGGGGAGUCUCCCACAUGCCUUUUGGCGAACACCAAACGUGUUUGCUUAUUUUUUUCUUUAAGCAAUGGCUUUUUUCUGGCCACUCUUCCGUAAAGCCCAGCUCUGUGGAGUGUAUGGCUUAAAGUGGUCCUAUGGACAGAUACACCAAUCUCCGCUGUGGAGCUUUGCAGCUCCUUCAGGGUUAUCUUUGGUCUCUUUGUUGCCUCUCUGAUUAAUGCCCUCCUUCCCUGGUCCGUGAGUUUUGGUGGCGGCCCUGUCUUGGCAGGUUUGUUGUGGUGCCAUAUUCUUUCCAUUUUUUAAUAAUGGUGCUCUGUGGGAUGUUCAAAGUUUCAGAUAUUUUUUUAUAACCCAACCCUCAUCUGUACUUCUCCACAACUUUGUCCCUGACCUGUUUGGAGAGCUCCUUCGUCUUCAUGGUGCAACUUGCUUGGUGGUGCCCCUUGCUUAGUGGUGUUGCAGACUCUGGGGCCUUUCAGAACAGGUGUAUAUAUACUGAGAUCAUGUGACAGAUCAUGUGACACUUAGAUUGCACACAGGUGGAGUUUAUUUAACUAAUUAUGUGACUUCUGAAGGUAAUUGGUUGCACCAGAUCUUAUUUAGGGGCUUCAUAGCAAAGGGGGUGAAUAUAUAUGCACACACCACUUUUCCAUUAUUUACUUUUUAGAAUUUUAUGAAACAAGUUAUUUUUUUCAUUUCACUUCACCAAUUUGGACUAUUUUGUGUAUGUCCAUUACAUGAAAUCCAAAUAAAAAUCCAUUUAAAUUACAGGUUGUAAUGCAACAAAAUAGGAAAAACGCCAAGGGGGGUGAAUACUUUUGCAAGGCACUGUAUGUAUUUAUUUCCACAUUGAAGCCAUGCAAUUACUUAGAAGAAUGUUGACUGAAAACAGGUUCAAGUUAACAUAUUUAGCAAAGAUGGGAUGGGUCUACAUUUUAUUUAAUUUCUGUAAGCUGUUUAACAAACUAUACUGAACAAAAAUAGAAACGCAACAUGCAACAAUUUAAAAGAUUUAACUGAGGAAAUCAAUCAAUUAAAAUAAAUUCAUUAAGCGCUAAUCUAUGGAUUUCACAUGACUGGGAAUACAGAUAUGCAUCUGUUGGUCACAGAUACUUUUAACAAAUGGGCCUCACAAUGGGCAACAAGAUCUCGUCACGGUAUUUUUGUGCAUUAAAAUUGUUAUCGAUAAAAUGCAAUCGCGUUCGUUGUCCGUAGCUUAUGCCUGCCCAAUACCAUAACACUUCCGCCAUUAUGGGGCACUCUGUUCACAACACUGACAUCAACAAACUGCUCGCACACAAUGCCAUGCACAUGGUCUGCGGUUGUGAGGCCGGUUGGACGUACUGCCAAAUUCUCUAAAACAACGUUGGAGGCAGCUUAUGGUAGAGAAAUGAACAUUCAAUUCUCUGGCAAUAGCUCUGGUGGACAUUCCUGCAGUCAGCAUGCCAAUUGCCCGCUCCCUCAAAACUUGAGACAUCUGUGGCAUUGUAUUGUGUGACAAAACUGCACAUUUUAGAGUGGCCUUUUAUCAUGGCCAGCACAAGGUGCACCUGUGUAAUGAACAUAGUAAAACAAACAGGAGGUUAUGACAGGAAUAAGAGUGGGAAGGAGGGAGAGAAAUAGGGAGAGGGGGGAAAAGUAAAGACUAAAAACGUUGUGUCACCCUUCAGAACUAAAAUAGAAAGAGUUUUGUAAUGGUUAAUAAUUUACUGUAUUGGUAUCACUUCUGUUUAUAACUCUGUGCGGCUGGUCACAUGAUGGACCCGGUUGUGACUUUAACAACAACACAGGUCCCCAGGGUUUUAAUGCUAUGUUUGCCCUUCUGCUAAAACAAGGUCACUUUGAAUGAGUGAGGGUUGCUGCUGACUAACAACAGUUCAUAAGGGUUGCUGCUGACUAAAAACAGUUGAGAUUACAGAAAUGACAGGGACAUUUGUCCUUUUGUGAUACUAUGAAAAUGACUCUCAAAAUCCUCCUGAUCUGAACCAUGGAUUACAGUCUUUCCUGGCCCAUAGACUAAGCCUACUGUCAGGGUAAGGAUUUAUAUCUAGGCCUAUAUGCUUGACUUUUCGCAAGAAAAGGAAUGCCAAGUAUGUCACAGCCGUUUUGUAACACAGGUUUAAGCAUACGUCUACUGUCACUCCCAACAGUCAGAAGAGGCUUUGUCUCAUUGUCUCCAAAACUUUGUUUGCACUCAUAAUGAAAACAUAAAGUGAGGUUCAGUCUAGAAUACUUUGUCAAACAAAGAGCACACACUUCAAGGGAUAUCUAUGUUCAAAGACCCUUACCCCAUUUGAAGCAGCUUUAUCAUUUUUCAACAAACAAUACACCUAGAUAGUAGUGCCUGAUAGAUAGAGCCUGUUUUGGGUUACAUACUAGGAAAAGAGGGGUUCUGUUCUCAAACAAUUGGAGUAGAGUUGCUACCUUAUAUACUAGGCCAGGACAGACCAGGGGCUGUAUAACAUUUAGCAAGCCUGUUGUCAGAGUAGGAGUGCUGAUCUAGGAUCAGAUCCUCCCUGUCCACGUACUCUUGGGUACAUUACCUGUAAAAAAUAUAAGGCAAUGUUUAUACACUGCUCAAAAAAAUAAAGGGAACACUAAAAUAACACAUCCUAGAUCUGAAUGAAUGAAAUAAUCUUAUUAAAAACUUUACAUAGUUGAAUGUGCUGACAACAAAAUCACACAAAAAUGAUCAAUGGAAAUCAAAUGUAUCAAUCCAUGGAGGUCUGGAUUUGGAGUCACCCUCAAAAUUAAAGUGGAAAACCACACUACAGGCUGAUCCAACUUUGAUGUAAUGUCCUUAAAACAAGUCAAAAUGAGGCUCAGUAGUGUGUGUGGCCUCCACGUGCCUGUAUUACCUCCCUACAACGCCUGGGCAUGCUCCUGAUGAGGUGGCGGAUGGUCUCCUGAGGGAUCUCCUCCCAGACCUGGACUAAAGCAUCCGCCAACUCCUGGACAGUCUGUGGUGCAACGUGGCAUUGGUGGAUGGAGCGAGACAUGAUGUCCCAGAUGUGCUCAAUUGGAUUCAGGUCUGGGGAACGGGCGGGCCAGUCCAUAGCAUCAAUGCCUUCCUCUUGCAGGAACUGCUGACACACUCCAGCCACAUGAGGUCUAGCAUUGUCUUGCAUUAGGAGGAACCCAGGGCCAACCACACCAGCAUAUGGUCUCACAAGGGGUCUGAGGAUCUCAUCUCGGUACCUAAUGGCAGUCAGGCUACCUCUGGCGAGCACAUGGAGGGCUGUGCGGCCCCCCAAAGAAAUGCCACCCCACACCAUGACUGACCCACCGCCAAACCGGUCAUGCUGGAGGAUGUUGCAAGCAGCAGAACGUUCUCCACGGCGUCUCCAGACUCUGUCACGUCUGUCACGUGCUCAGUGUGAACCUGCUUUCAUCUGUGAAGAGCACAGGGCGCCAGUGGCGAAUUUGCCAAUUUUGGUGUUCUCUGGCAAAUGCCAAACGUCCUGCACGGUGUUGGGCUGUAAGCACAACCCCCACCUGUGGACGUCGGGCCCUCAUACCACCCUCAUGGAGUCUGUUUCUGACCGUUUGAGCAGACACAUGCACAUUUGUGGCCUGCUGGAGGUCAUUUUGCAGGGCUCUGGCAGUGCUCCUCCUGCUCCUCCUUGCACAAAGGCGGAGGUAGCAGUCCUGCUGCUGGGUUGUUGCCCUCCUACGGCCUCCUCCACGUCUCCUGAUGUACUGGCCUGUCUCCUGGUAGCGCCUCCAUGCUCUGGACACUACGCUGACAGACACAGCAAACCUUCUUGCCACAGCUCGCAUUGAUGUGCCAUCCUGGAUGAGCUGCACUACCUGAGCCACUUGUGUGGGUUGUAGACUCCGUCUCAUGCUACCACUAGAGUGAAAGCACCGCCAGCAUUCAAAAGUGACCAAAACAUCAGCCAGGAAGCAUAGGAACUGAGAAGUGGUCUGUGGUCACCACCUGCAAAACCAGUCCUUUAUUGGGGGUGUCUUGUUAAUUGCCUAUAAUUUCCACCUGUUGUCUAUUACAUUUGCACAACAGCAUGUGAAAUGUAUUGUCAAUCAGUGUUGCUUCCUAAGUGGACAGUUUGAUUUCACAGAAGUGUGAUUGACUUGGAGUUACAUUGUGUUGUUUAAGUGUUCCCUUUAUUUUUUUGAGCAGUGUAUGAUGCCAUUUCAAACAGCCCCUUAUUUAACACAUUUGUGCAGUUAUACACUUUUUAUACAUAUCAGUGGGUAACUGGCAAAUUGGGAGGGGUGGGAGCAGGGGGGUGUUGUUAAACCAUGGGGGCUGUUUGCAUCAAAUUAGGGAGAUAUUAAACAAUGGAAUGUUAAUGAAUUUACCUGCAAAAAAAAGCAGAGAACCAUUCACACAGACCUGAUACCUGUAUUUUGGUUACAGGGUCUGUGAAAAUGCAGGAAUCAUGACUAGGUCUUUAGGUGGGUUAUAUUUUUCCUUGUUUUUUUACCACCUAUCCCUUUCACAAAAAAUCUGGCAAAAAGGAGCAGGCAUGGUCAAUUAGUGGGACGCGGUUUAUGAAUGAAAGGGAUAUUAUUCAAUAAGAUCUAAAAGGCAAAACUGAUCCUAAAUCAGCAAUCUUACUCUGAGACGCUUGAUGCAUACUGCCCCAGAAGAUCUAGUUCUUAUGAAUCCCAAUGAUGUUGCAACUACAUGGAUGUAUUGAGCAAUGACCCAGCACCCUGAAAGCACCCUGUCAGCAGUUAUGGAAAAUCAGGUCAUGUGAACUGAGGUUGUUAGGAAGGUUACCUUAUUACUGUGGUCUGUUAUUUCAUUAGCUGAUAACUGUUUUCCACUUCACAGUUUUAGCUUAAUAACAUGUCUAUGGUUAGGUGUAUGUAGCUACUGAUUUUGUGUAGUUAUUGGAUGCUAAUGUGAUCAACUUUGAUAAACCAUUUGUCAACUACAAUAUGCCAUUUCAAACCGAAAGGUGUAUUGUCAAAUAAAAUGUAUACAAAAGCCAUCAUAUCUGUCCCUGUCCACGUACUGUAUUCCCAUACUUCAUACUGCAAAUUGAGUUUAUAUAAAAAAAAGUGUGAUAAACCCAACAGUUUUUCUUUUGACUGCAUUCUGAAAAAGGUAAAUGAUUAAGCUACAUAUGCUAUUGAAACAUGCGCUAUUACAGAAUUAAACAGAAGUUUCAGAACUGCGUCACAACCAUAGAGGAGCAAGUUCAAGUCCUUUUAUAGCCUAAAUCUCCCGAGUGGCGCAGUGGUCUAAGGCACUGCAUCGCAGUGCUAGCUGUGCCACUAGAGAUCCUGGUUCGAAUCCAGGCUCUGUCGUAGCCGGCCGCGACCGGGAGACCCAUGGGGCGGCGCACAAUUGGCCCAGCGUCGUCCAGGGUAGGGAAUGGCCGGCAGGGAUAUAGCUCAGUUGGUAGAGCAUGGCGUUUGCAACCCCAGGGUUGUGGGUUCGAUUCCCACGGGGGGCUAGUAAUAAAAAAUAAAAAAUAAUAAUGUAAGUCGCUCUGGAUAAGAGCGUCUGCUAAAUGACGUAAAUGUAAUGUAAAUAAAACGUAGACCUAGGCUAUUUCUCAAUUAGCAUAUUAUCCGAAAUAAUUGUCAAAUUACUACAAUUUUCUUCUAAGGAUAUAAUACACACACAUUUUGCAACAAUAACAGCUGUAUUUAAACUGUAGCACUGUUUUGUUUGAUAUUGUUUUAGAUGUUACCAAUAAAAUGUUACUUUGCAUUGAUUUGCGUAUGAGUGAGUGAGAUCAUCAUCAAAUGAUCCGCCUAUUUCCUGUUGAAAUUCUAAACGUGAUUGGCUGCGCUCUGUGAGGCUCGAUUUCACUGACGCGCUCUGUUUGGAACAAUAAAUAGAGCGAACAAGACUUCUUCUAUUUCACAACUCUGGGAAGACGCAUCUAGAAGUUCUUGCUUCAACAGUGAUUGAACGGAACUCUUCUGCCUUCGUCCCGCACUGUAUAACAUUCCAGAUUUAUAACUUAACACGUACUUGAACUGUAAUAGCAAAAUAGUCUAAGAAACUCUAUUUUUGUACCGUUAAGUUUGAUAUAAAAUAAGAAAAUCUGCUAAAAUGGAGUCUCAGGUCCGCCAGAACUACCACAGCGACUGCGAAGCUGCCAUCAACCGGAUGAUCAACAUGGAGAUGUUUGCCUCUUACACCUACACUUCAAUGGCAAGUAGACUGUAAUUGGCUACCAAGAGGACCAUUUUCUUGCUCUACGCAGUAUUGUGUAUUAUGCAUGGGUCUAAAUGUCAUUAUUUUAUUCUGACUGUUUUCUGUAGGCAAUAGCCAAAUAAAACGGAACUCUGAAGUACACCCUUACGGGAAAAAAUGGCAUUGCAAUACUGCUAGAACGGAAUACUGAGUCAUGUUUGGCAUAUUUUUCUAACCACACUGUUUUGUCUAUCAACCUAGGCUUUCUAUUUCUCCCGUGACGACGUGGCUCUGUCUGGCUUCGCUCAUUUCUUCAAGGAGAACAGCGACGAGGAGCGCGAACACGCCGAAAAGCUACUCUCCUUCCAGAACAAGAGAGGUGGACGCAUUUUCCUCCAGGACAUCAAGGUGAGUGUCGAAACACAAAUUUGCAUUGUAGACUGUUAGAAGGGCAAAAAGGGUUCUUUAACUUCUCCUCCAUAGACGAGGGUUGUCUGAAAAUUUCUCUAUGAUAGAAAGAAUCCUUUAAGAAGAUCUGUUAAAGGGUUUACCAGGAACCAAAUGGUUAAUCUAGAAUAUAUAGGGACAAGCUCUAUGGCCCUCGAUAUAACUUUUUUCUAAUACUGGAGACUUGACAUUUUGGCGUCAUUGUUUUGAUUAGUAUUCAUGUUAAUGCAGAGUUCAUUGUAAGGCACGCCAUAUGUAGCUGCCCUGGUAUUAGAGCAAGGUGCUCAGAUGAGAAAUGGCCUGACUGCUGCCUCCAUAAACACUGAAUUAAAACAGCCUGAGGGGUAUAACUAUCCAGACUCUGCCAAUGUUAAUAGACAGGCCUACUCCAUUUAGGAGGUGCUUUUUUUCCAAAUGCAACUUAGUCAUGCGCGCAUACAUUUCACAUAUAGGUAGCCCCAGUAGGAAGUGAAUCCAUGACCUUUGGCGUUGAAAGUGCCAUGCUCUACCGACUGAACCACACCGGAUGAUUUGUGCUUCAUAAACUCAAACGUGGUUUUUUGUAUUGACUGUUAACUUGACCCUAUCUUGACUUUUUGCUUCAUUGGUUCGUUUGUUUUAGCCUCUUAUGUGCAAGAUAUACUGGCUAACUGUUGACUGUUAGUAGGUAUGCAUAGAAAUCUCUGCUAGAAGUCCCUAAACUUUGUUCCCUCUGUCCUGAGUAGAAGCCAGAUCGUGACGAGUGGGGCAAUGGGCUGGAGGCCAUGCAGUGUGCUCUGCAGCUGGAGAAGAACGUCAACCAGGCCCUGCUGGACCUGCACAAGAUUGCCUCUGACAAGAUUGACCCUCAUGUAAGUAAUGUCCCCCACGUUAUGGUGGAACCACACACAUUACAUGUAUACAACACAUAGAAUACAGCCACUGUACUGUCCCAGGAGCUGAUCAGGUUGUUGUAGCUCUGCUAACGAAUGAAGCCUGCCUCUUCACACAAACACAAUAGCCCACAGAUGUACAAGAAUGCACACUAUACAAAAAGAUGCAGCUAAUGCAUAAAUUGGACCGCUGCAAACACCUCAUUGAGUUAGUUAUCUAACCGUAUGUCAUUACCACCAGGCUCUUGUGUGUAACUGCAUCUACAAUAGUGUCUGUAGUUAUUCUCUUGUCUCACCUAUGUUUUCCUUCUUUAGCUGUGUGACUUCCUGGAGUCCCACUACCUGAAUGAGCAGGUGGAGGCCAUUAAGAAGCUGGGUGACUAUGUCACCAACCUCACCAAGAUGGAUGCUGUCAACAACAAGAUGGCCGAGUACCUGUUUGACAAGCACACCCUGGGAGGCCAGAGCUAAACCAUGUCCAGGCUACAGCCUCCAGCCUUAUACAAGGACUCCUGGUUUUUCUGCUCUAUCCUGCUGCCUUUGCAUCUAUAAGGAGGAGAGUGUUGAAGUGGUACAGAGCAAUACAGCUGUUCAAUUUGACAACCCUGUACUAGGUUUGGGAGGCAAGGCAUGUUGUGAAACAAAUUAGUAAAAAGAUCACAAAAGUAUUGCUGUGGCGUAAUGGAUGUUGUCUCAGUUUAUGCUGGUGCUUUUCUUACUGAGCAGCUCAA